AACUUCUCUCUUUCUCUUUGAUUGAGGAACUAGUCUUUGUUCUUUUUCUUUUUGUUCUUCUUCUCAAGUUUGAAUCAUGUCAAAUUCAAAUUCAUCAUCGCUACUCAACAUUUGGAGUAGAGGUGUAGCUACUGAUCAAUUAACUCCCAAAGCAUCGGCUCAAGCUGGUACUUCAACUGAAAUCGAUCCAUUCGAUUCUCAUUCUCAUCCUCAUCCUCAUCCUCAAUCACUCUCUCAUUCUCGUAAAUCAUCUUUAGCUUCUCAAAUCAAUCAUCUCAAUCAUCAUCAACAAGAACAAGAAGAAGAACAAGUUGAUCAUCAGCAAUCUUCUAUCAUUGAUGAUGGUUUCAAAACUCCCAUGCCUAACAGUUCAAAUCAAUAUUUCAAUCAUCAAUCUCUCACUGAUCAUUCAACCAAUCCGAUCUCUCAUUCAAAACACAUUCAUCAAUCUACCUCUCAAGGUUUAGCUACCACUGCUCUCAAGGCUAUCGCUCAACAAGUUCCUCUUCAUCGAUCUUCACCUUCUUCUACUCCUUCACCUUCUACUAGCGAUUUUAGUUUUACUACUAAUCCGAUUCAUAGAGCUAAGAACGCUUUACGUGGCACGAUGGCUCAAUCAUCUGGUUCUUCAACUAAAUUAUCUAAUUCUACAACUUUGGAUUCGAAACCCAAUCCAUCUCAGCAAAACCAGUCUCAAAACAAGAGUGAAAUUCAAUUGAAUACGAAAAUGAAGGAGAGAACAGACAAAGAAGAAGAAGAUCGAAAGGAAUCUAAUGAAGAAAGUAAGAUUAUGAAAGAUAACAAGAAUUUAAUUGAAGCUAUUACAAAUAUGAAGACCGGCUCAGACAUCAAAACGUUACCUAACAGAUCAUUAACCACCUCACCUAGCAAUCUCUCAGAACCUCAAACUCAUUCGAUAGCCAAACCACCCAAAGGUUUAUUAUCCGUCAAGAUUGUUUCGGCUAGAUCGUUGGUAUGUUCUUCGAGUAGGUCUAGACCUUAUGUGGUAGCUCAGUUUGAUAAUAAUGAGUUUGUGAGUCGAGAACCGAUUGAAGAAGAUCAAGAUGAGAGUAAAGGAAACGUUUCUUCGGUUCAGAAUGGAUCGGUAGGAAAAGGAGGUGGUGGUGGACAUCAGUCGGGUAAAUCGAUUGAUGUGAUUCUUUAUAAUCAGUCUAGACCAAAGUCUGAUUCGACUAUUGGAACAGAUGGGAAAGGACCUCCAGUGGGAGAGGAGAUGGAGAGUGAGAUUAGAGGCUUGGAUCAUGGGAAUGGAUCGGUGGGUUUGAGUGGUCAAAAUCCGAUUUGGAAACAAGAACUUGAUUUUGAUGUGGCAGAACAUGAACAUUUGAAUCUAAGUCAUCGUACUUUACAUGUUUCGGUUUAUGAUCGAUCGAUUGGUGAUACGAUUAAUGGAAAUGGAAAUGAUGAGAUGAAUUCUAGCACACCUGGAAUUGAAGGAGUUGAAUUGUUUUUAGGUGAAACUGAGAUUGAAAUUAAUUUUAAUCAGUUGGUCAAAAGUAAUGGUUGGUUUGAUCAAUGGUAUAAAUUAGGAACCCAAAAUGCAGAAUGUACAGGAGAGAUCCGAUUGAAAUUAAAGUAUAAAGAACAUUCUAGUAAAAAAUCAUUGAGUGUAGAAGAUUUUGAAUUUUUAAAAAUGAUUGGAAAAGGCACGUUUGGGAGAGUGUUUCAGGUUCGAAAGAAAGAUACUAAACGGAUUUAUGCGAUGAAGGUCUUGAGUAAGAAAGAAGUGAUUGAUAAGAAAGAAGUGGAACAUACGAUUGGAGAACGGAAUAUACUUCAACAAUCUAAUGAUUGUGCGUUUUUGUUGGGAUUGAAAUUUAGUUUUCAAAGUCCGGGUGAAUUGUUUUUGGUCAUGGAUUAUAAGAGUGGAGGAGAAUUAUUUCAUCAUUUACAAAAAGAAGGAAGGUUCACAGAAGAAAGAGCAAGGUUUUAUACAGCUGAAAUCGUUUUAGCAUUAGAACAUUUACAUUAUUAUAAUAUAGUGUAUCGAGAUUUAAAACCAGAAAAUAUCCUAUUAGAUGCAACAGGACAUAUUGUGUUGUGUGAUUUUGGAUUAAGUAAACCGAAUCUAAGAUCAGAUCAAUUAACGACGACGUUUUGUGGUACGACUGAAUAUCUUGCACCUGAAGUUUUAUUAGAUGAUCAUGGGUAUUCGAAAUUGGUGGAUUUCUGGUCACUUGGAGUUUUACUGUUUGAGAUGUGUUGUGGUUGGUCACCGUUUUAUGCAGAGGAUAAUCAACAGAUGUAUAAGAACAUUUGUUUUGGUAAGAUUAAGUUUCCUAGAGGAGUGAUUGGAGAUGAUGGAAAACAAUUUGUGAAAGGAUUAUUAAAUCGAAAUCCGAAACAUAGGUUAGGAUCACAAAACGAUACGAAAGAUUUGAAAUCACAUUCGUUUUUCAAAUCUAUAGAUUGGGAUUUAUUAUCGACUCGACAGAUUGUACCGAGUUUUAAACCGUUUAUUGAAUCAGAUGAAUCGGUUUCGAAUUUUGAUGAUCAGUUUACGAAAUUAGAUUUAAGGAACGAGAUUCAAGAUUUUGUUUGUUUUGAUGAGAAUGAUCGAUCGGAUGAUUGGUUAAAACAAACUUCAAGUUUUGUGAAUUCGAAAUUGAUUCAAAGUAAUCCUACGAAUUAUCUGACGGGAAUAAAUUCCAAUGGGAAUGGCAAUUCGAAUGGGAUGAUGAAUGGAAGUAAAAGUAAACCGAUUGAGAUUUCGGAAACGAAUAAAAGGAAAAGUCAGGAUAGUUUACAAGAUCAUUUUAGAGGGUUUUCUUAUCAUGGUGAAUCUGAUAUGAUUAUGAGUAGUGGAGCUGCUCAUAGUAAAUUUGGAAUGUCUAGUAUAAGAGAUUAAGGGAAAGGAUUUCCAAUGGAUUGAGAAUGAAUUGGGAGAAGGAAAUGGUGGAGGAGGAAGUGGAGAGUGUUGAGUUAUGAGUGAAGGAAGAGAGAUUAAGUUAUUUUUUUGUUUUGUUUUUUUGGAUCGGAUUUCUUUUGACUAUAAAUAUAUAAUGUUCUUUUAGACUAUCAUUUUCAUUUUUCAUUUUUUUCAUUUUUUUCAUUUUUGAGUGAUUGGCUCUUUCUUUUCUCUUUUUUUCUUUAGAUUUUGUAGAAAAAAAAAACUUUUCACUUUUUUUGUUUUGUUUUGUUUUGGUAUAGCACUUUUCAUUUUGUUUUCCUUUUUUUUCUUUUGUUGUAUAUGUAUAUAUAUGAUAUAUAUGAUGACUUUUUUCUUUUUUUGUUUCUUAUUUCAAUGAAAGUGGAGGUUUCUCUUUAUUUU